AUCCGCCGCCAGCAGGUGCCACCGCCAUCUCUGCUCUCUCUCUCUCUCUCAAGCAACGCCCGCCAUGGCGACCAUAGCCACGAUGGCCCUGCUGAAGCCCGCCAGGAUCGUGGCGCGGUCGGCGCCGCCGUCCACCAGCGGCAGCGUCUCGCUGCGCGUCCCGGCGCGGGCCAAGAAGGCCGCGGUGUCCGCGUCCGUGUCGUCCGCGCUGGCGGGCGCCUUCUUCUCGGCGCUGGCGUCGUCGGACGCGGCGCUGGCGGCGCAGCGCGUGGCGGACGUGGCGGCGGCGGCCGACUCCGGGAGCGACAACCGCGGGCAGCUGCUGCUCUUCGUGGUGGCGCCCGCCAUCGGGUGGGUGCUCUACAACAUCCUGCAGCCGGCGCUGAACCAGCUCAACCGCAUGCGCAGCCAGGCCGUGGUCGCCGGCCUGGGCCUCGGCGCCGCCGCCGCCGGGAUGGCGGCCGCGCCCGAGGCCUCCGCCGCCGCCGCGGCGCAGGACCUCGCCGCUCUCGCCGCUGCUGCGGCUGCGGCCGCGCCCGCCGACGACAACCGGGGGCUCCUGCUGCUCAUCGUCGUCACGCCCGCCAUCGGCUGGGUGCUCUUCAACAUCCUCCAGCCGGCGCUCAACCAGAUCAACCGCAUGAAGUCCGACUGAGCUGCUAGCUGGCAACAACACCGGGGACGGCGGAGUGUGCGUAUCAGCGGCUGGACGGUUGUAAUUUAUAGCGUGAAGCAUGGUUGGUCUACGUGCCUUGUUUUUUCCAUCUUCGAAUCUUGAGCAAAUGCAGUACAUGUACAGCUCC